AUGGAGGCCAUCACUGAGAAGACAAUGAAUUCACUCUUCGGUCCGACAAUGACUAGAGUGCGAUCCCCUCCUUCCGGAUUCAAAGGUGAUCCAGAGUUAGGAGUCGCUUUUUACUACUGCUCUGAGAAACCCUGCGACAGCAUCUGGGGCGUCUACUGGAAGGAUUUCGGAGAGCAACCCCGCGAGCUCAUGACCCUCCCGCAGCACCAGGCCCUUGCCACUGCAGAAGUUUGUACCAAGUGCGCCUGGUAUGUGCAUAUGCAGAAAACCUUAGAGAAUGUCUCCCAGAACAUCGCCAAGGCAACACCUGCGUUGUACAAGACUGGGGAGUUCCUCACGGACGACGAAAUCGACCGGAUCUACUUGAAGAAACUUGGCGAGUACGAGGCCAAGAAGAAAUCCGGAGUCGUUGAUUAUUUCCCAUUCUCGGGCUUCUGGGACGGUCCUAUGGAGGAUCAGUACCGCAGAGCUUGGGUCCCACAGAGCCGCAAACACCUCCGCAAACCAGUUCCAUUGGGCAACAGAAAGUGGGCCGCCGAGGACAAGGGUGGCAAAGGCAGCACCGACACAGAGCUUGAGCCAGAACUGGACGAAGACUGGGAUGUGAUUGAGCAUCGCGAAGCAGAGGAAACAUGGCAGGUGUUGUAA